AUGGCCGCGCUGCGGCGCGACGCCGUGGCCGUGGCGAACCCGCGGCACGACCUCAUCUCGCCGGCGCUCGACUACGGCGGCGCGCCGGCGCCGGCCCUGACGCGGCCGACGGCCGGCGCCGCCGACGAGGCGGCGCUGCUCCGCGAGCUCCUCGGCGGGAAGCGGCCGCUCUGCGGUGUCGACGCCGCGACGGCGCGGCGGCUCAUGGUGUCCCUGACCCUGCCGCCCGGCGCGCCCUGCCGCUGCUGCGGCGCCGGCGGGUCGCUGCGGACGUGCGCGCGGUGCCGGCGGACGGUAUGCGAGGCGUGCGCGCCGAAGCACCUGCGCCUCGUCCUCGAGAACCGCGCGAGCGUCACGGGCAGCUCGCUCCAGCGCGUCUGCGUCGCCUGCUACGUGGAGGCGCGCGUCGACCCGCGGCGGCCGUCGAGCGAGGCGGCCGCGGCGGCCGCGCGGCCGGCCGCGGACGCCGCGCGGCGGCGGAGCGCGCCCGACGCCGCCGCGCCGAACGCGCCGCCCGUGCCGCCGCGCGACUACGACGAGGACGACGACGCCGCGCCGCCGCCCGUGCCGCCGCGCGACUACGCCGCGUCGCCGCGCGACGACGAGGCCGCGCGCUCCGCGGGCUAA